CGGCGGAGGACAAGAGGCUUGCGGAGCGGAGGAAAGGUUUUGCAGUGUGUGAGACGCAGCCGGUGUACCUGCGAGUCAAAGACCUGCGGGGCUCCAGGGACAUGGCGGCGGCCUCUUCGGUGUCGGUGCUGCUGGUGGCGGCGGAGAGGAGCCGGUGGCAGCUUGUCCCGAGGCUGCUGCCGCCGCCGAGGAGAGGGCCUUGGAAGCAAAGAACCGUGAAGUAUGCCACAACCACAGGACAAAAAAUUACCAAGGUCCUCAUUGCCAACAGAGGAGAAAUUGCCUGCAGGGUGAUGCGAACAGCUAAAAAAAUGGGUGUACAGUCUGUGGCUGUUUAUAGUGAGGCCGACAGGAAUUCCAUGCAUGUAGACAUGGCAGAUGAAGCAUAUUCCAUCGGUCCUGCUCCCUCUCAACAGAGCUACCUUUCCAUGGAGAAAAUCAUUCAAGUGGCCAAGAUGUCCACUGCACAGGCUAUCCAUCCAGGAUAUGGCUUUCUUUCAGAAAACGUGGAAUUUGCUGAACUAUGUAAGCAAGAAGGAAUUAUUUUUAUAGGUCCUCCUUCAUCUGCAAUUAGAGACAUGGGUAUAAAGAGCACAUCCAAAUCCAUAAUGGCUGCUGCUGGAGUGCCUGUCGUGGAAGGGUAUCAUGGCGAGGACCAGUCGGACCAGUGCCUGAAGGAGCAUGCUGGGAGAAUCGGUUAUCCUGUCAUGAUUAAAGCCGUGCGUGGUGGGGGAGGAAAAGGUAUGAGGAUCGUUAGAUCUGAAAAAGAAUUUCAAGAGCAGUUAGAAUCAGCACGAAGAGAAGCUAAAAAGUCUUUCAAUGAUGAUGCUAUGCUGAUUGAGAAGUUUGUGGACACACCAAGGCAUGUGGAAGUCCAGGUGUUUGGCGACCACCAUGGCAAUGCUGUGCACUUGUUUGAAAGAGACUGUAGCGUCCAGAGGAGACAUCAGAAGAUCAUUGAGGAGGCCCCAGGGCCUGGUAUUAGACCUGAAGUAAGAAAAAAGCUUGGAGAAGCUGCAGUCAGAGCUGCUAAAGCUGUAAACUAUGUUGGAGCAGGAACUGUGGAAUUUAUUAUGGACUCAAAGCACAAUUUCUACUUCAUGGAGAUGAAUACAAGGCUGCAAGUGGAACAUCCUGUUACUGAGAUGAUCACAGGAACUGACUUGGUGGAGUGGCAGCUUAGGAUUGCAGCAGGAGAGAAAAUUCCUUUGAGCCAGGAGGAGAUAACUCUGCAGGGCCACGCCUUUGAAGCUAGAAUAUAUGCAGAAGAUCCUAGCAAUGACUUCAUGCCGGGGGCUGGACCAUUAGUGUACCUCUCCACUCCUCAAGCAGACCUUUCCACCAGGAUUGAAACCGGAGUACGGCAAGGAGAUGAAGUUUCAGUGCAUUAUGACCCCAUGAUUGCAAAGCUGGUCGUAUGGGCUGCAGAUCGCCAGGUGGCCUUGACGAAGCUGAGGUACAGCCUUCGUCAGUACAACAUUGUCGGACUGCACACCAACAUUGACUUCCUCCUCCGCCUGUCUGGCCACCCGGAGUUCGAAGCAGGGAACGUGCACACUGAUUUCAUCCCUCAACACCGUGAAGAACUGUUGCCGCAUCGGAAGGCUGCCGCCAAAGAGGUUUUGUGCCAGGCAGCUCUGGGUCUCAUUCUCAAGGAGAAGGCUAUGUCUGAGGUUUUCAAAAUGCAGACACAGGAUCAGUAUUCUCCUUUUGCAUCCAGCAGUGGAAGAAGACUGAAUACCUGUUACACCAGAAACGUGACUCUUAGGGAUGGUAAAAACAAUGUAGCCAUAGCUGUAACAUAUAACCAUGAUGGGUCAUAUAGCAUGCAGGUUGAAGAUAAAACUUUCCAGGUCCUUGGUGAUCUUUGUAGUGAGGGAGACUGCACCUACCUAAAAUGUUCUGUUAAUGGAGUUGCUAGUAAAACGAAGCUAAUUAUCCUGGAAAACACUAUUUACCUAUUUUCCAUGGAAGGAAGUAUUCAGAUUGACAUUCCAGUCCCCAAAUACUUGUCUUCAGUGAGUUCAGAAGGAACUCAGGGAGGGACCAUAGCUCCUAUGGCUGGAACCAUUGAAAAGGUGUUUGUGAAAGCUGGAGACAAAGUCAAAGCUGGAGAUCCUCUCAUGGUUAUGAUCGCCAUGAAAAUGGAGCUUAUCAUAAGGGCUCCAAAGGACGGCACGGUCAAGAGUGUGUUCUACAAAGAAGGUUCUCAGGCCAAUAGACACGCUCCUUUAGUCGAGUUCGAGGAGGAAGAAUCUGACAAAAGGGAAGCAGAAUAAACUCCAUCAAAGAAAUGGCCAAUUAAGCAGUAUCUUAAAUAUCGUCUCUCUUCACCAAAAACAGAAAGUGCCUUCCUGCUUUUCUGGGGUCUAAUGAACAGUUUUACUGAAUGAUUGUGCUAACACCCUUUCAUACUGGAAAAUCAUGCACUUGGGUCACAAAUACAAUAAAUCAUCUCAAAAUAUUUCAUAUUAAUAAAAUUGACUUAUACUUUUUUAUUGAAAGCUAA